AUGCUUGUGAUCCAGCAACAGACUAACCUAUUUGCCGCCCAGUCUGCCCUCGACCUUCUUGCGCUCGCUAUCCCGAAGUGCAGCAACCUCUUCCUUGGUGGCAUUAACAGCCGCAUGCACCUGGUUGAAUGGGUUCUCCUCGCUCUUCUCGAAUUCCUUCCGGCAGAGAUCCAUACGCUGGUUCCGGCGCAGACCGGGGUUUUCCUGCUCAAUCUCUGGCAAGCGUCUCUCCUCGAAUGCGGCAUAUGCGGCCUUGAAUCGGCGCUCGGGGUGCCGGUCGAUCUUGGAUGUGUCCUUCGAGGCCAGAGACAGGGCAUCUAG